UCGGCCUCGCCGCCCGAAGCGCCUCGCCCUCCACCCCAGGCGUGCGCAGCUCGCUCGGAGCCCCAUAGGUUAUUACAAAUCCACCCCAGGUGUCACAUUCCUUUGUUCCCAAGUGGUGAGUGAUCAGUGUCGGAGUGCUGUGCUAGUGUGAUCGUGAUCAGUGCUGGUGUGUGCCGAGGAAGUGAGCUCACAGAGCUAAUGUUGCGUAUUUUGGCAAAACAUCUAUAAUCAAUAUUUUGCAAGACAAAGGAAAUGUCUAUUGUUACAAUCAGUGGCAUUAAGAAACAAUUUAUUGAUUGAAAGUAAUAAUGAAGACAAUAGAGACAUGUCACAGACUGCAGUUGACAUGUGCAGUUCCAGCCCACACCUACAAGGAAUGUUGACUAACUUGACAAAUACUGCAACUAUUGACACUUGGGAGAGAGAAUAUUAAGUGCAAAACAAAUAAUUGUGUGUUUAUAAGCAAUUGUUGUGCAAUUAGUUGGUGAAAGUGUGCAGCAACUGCUGAGGCUGCGGGGAAGCGAGUAAGUGGUAACAGCUGACGAUGACAGAAUAUCAUGGUCAAGGCAUGGACGCGGGUGGAAAUAAUUUUGACUCCGGUCAACAGCCACAGGAGCAGGAGCUGGCGACGAAGAUGCUGCAGAUACAGUCAAAGAGGUUCUACCUCGACGUGAAGCAGAACCGGAGGGGGAGGUUCAUCAAAGUUGCGGAGAUCGGCGCGGACGGGCGGCGCAGCCAGAUCUUCCUGGCGAUGUCGACGGCGGCGGAGUUCCGCGACCACCUGUCCACCUUCAGCGACUUCUACUCGUCGCUGGGCCCGCCCAACCCCGACAACGUGCCCGACGACGGCAAGCUCAAGUCGGAGAUGAUGCUCAAGGACAACCGCCGCUACUACCUGGACCUGAAGGAGAACUCCCGCGGGCGCUUCCUCCGCGUGUCGCAGACGAUCACGCGUGGCGGGCCGCGGUCCCAGGUGGCGCUGCCGGCGCAGGGCAUGAUCGAGUUCCGCGACGCGCUCACCGACCUGCUCGACGACUUCGGCACCGACGACGGCGGGUUCAAGGGCGAGCUGCCCGAGGGCCGGCACCUGCGCGUCGACAACAAGAACUUCUACUUCGACAUCGGCCAGAACAACCGCGGCAUCUACAUGAAAGUCAGCGAGGUGGUACCAUCGUUGCAACAGGUGAAGAGCAACUUCCGCACGGCGAUCACUGUCCCCGAGAAGUGCUGGACGCGCUUCCGCGACAUCCUCGCCGACUACUGCGACAAGAUGAACCGCGCGCACUCCGACUCGGCCGACCACCACCAGGGCGCGGCGGUGGCGGGGCCGUCGGGCGUCCCGCGGGCCGGCAGCGCGCAGCCCGCGAGAGACGUGGAGCCAUUCGCGGCGGGCUCGCGGAUUUGAUGCGACAGCGUGCCGCACUGAGCGCGCCGCGGUGCCGCGUGUACAUAGCGCGCCGCCCGCGCCACACCACCCUCGGACCGUGUAAAUACGUGCACCGCGGGCGGCGCUCGGCACCCUUCGACCGUGUAAAUACGUGCACAUCGGG